AUGGAGGUGAGAUUUAAGAAGGACGUGAACACACUGUUUAUUCUGGUGAACAGUGAGCUCCAAACUCAUAACGAACCAAUCUGGGGAACAGAGGCAAGUUGGAAGAGUUACCCAUCUCCAAAGUUCUAUUCUACAACUGUACAACUAAAGGAGACGGAAACAUCUCUUUGGACAGGAAGACUGGUGCAAUGUGGAUACCAUAAUCACAGCUUCACCCCUGAAGAAAGAUCAGAGAGAACAUUCCUUAUGAAAAUGAUCGAAUGGCCUAAACCCCCCAACUCUGCUGUGCCCUUUCAGAAAAGCAGUGACCCAGCACAUGUUCAUUUUGUAAUUUUAAAUUCUGCAAAGACUUUCUAUGUGGGAGAUCAGCUACAAGUGAUGCUGCAGAUGUAUGAUUUUGAAGGUCACCCAAAGCGAUAUGGUGGUGACUAUCUCCAAGCUCGGAUCCACACCCCAGCUUUAAAGGCUGGUUCAGCAGGAACAGUUAUAGACAACCAAAAUGGAACUUACUAUAUUAAUUUUACUUUAUUCUGGCCAGGGAAAGUUGAAGUCUCUGUUUUACUGGUUCAUCCCAGUGAAGGGAUCCAAGCACUUAAAAGACUACGUGAGGAACAACCAGAGAGAGUGUACUUUCAAAGUACAUUCAGAUCAGGAGCUGUCUCCGAGACCACUGUGUGUAAUCUUUGUUUGUCUCAAUCUCAACCACUCUGUAACUUUACUGAUAUCAGAACUGGGGAGCCCUGGUUUUGUUACAGACCUAAAGAACUUCCGUGCUCUGCUCGUGUCACCCACACAAUGGGAGGUUAUCAGCAGAAUCUCUUAAUAGGAGAAGAAGGACUUUACUUCCAAAGUGGAAUCAAUGUCAAGACACCCGUAUCGCCCAGUGAUCUGGAUUAUAUAACUGUAAAGCCUUCACCUCGUCCAGACCCUGGAAAAUGUUUCCCUGGGAAGCCUCUACUUUCACCAUCUGGGUUUUAUUAUCAGGAUCAGUGGAUGUCAACAAGCUGCAACAUUCAGCGUUUCAACACUCCUGCAACUAUUAUAAACUGUCUCCGUGGGAAAAGUGUCUACAUUUUUGGAGAUUCCACUAUACGUCAGUGGUUUGAAUAUUUGACAGAAUUUGUACCAGAUCUCAGGACAUUUAACCUUGGCAAUUCUAAAAAUACUGGCCCACAUCUCGCUUUGAAUAUAGAAAAAACAAUCAAGGUGGAAUAUUAUGCUCAUGGAACACCAAUCCGAAUUCUCCCCAUUUCAAGUCAGGACCUGCCAUUCAUCGCAAAUAAACUGGAUGAGAUCAAAGGUGGAAAGAACACUGUUAUAGCCUUCACCAUUUGGUGUCAUUUCAACACUUUCCCAGUUGAACCAUACAUCCGCAGGCUCCAGAACAUCCGCAGGUCAAUUCUACGAUUGCUGGAAAGGAGCCCAGAUACACUGGUUGUAAUAAAGACUGCCAAUGUCCAGGCCCUUCCGCGGGAGGUCAGUCUCUACAACAGUGACUGGUAUUCCUAUCAACUUGACUUAGUGAUGAGAAAGAUGUUUGAGGGCAUCAACGUGGCGUUUGUGGAUGCCUGGGAGAUGACAAUAGCACAUUACCUACCUCAUGAAUUACAUCCCAAAAGAAUUAUUAUAAAGAAUGAAGUAGAUGUAUUUCUUUCAUAUGUGUGUCCUUUAUGA